AUGGUAUCUGGUGGGGCUGUCACCAGCACAGAACGCAUCCUAGAUGAUGGGCGGGUGUCACAGUCUCCGGAGUACCUGACAGCGGUCGAGGAGCAUACAGAGUGCGAGUGGGAGGAGGGACAGUUUGACGACGCCUUGACCGAAGUUGAGAACGCCUCGAAGAGAGACUCUGUGCUAGGUCCCUCCACGCCCAAGCCCGAGGGCCAUUCCAGACGGGACUCCAAGAUCGAUGAGCUAGUCAAAGAAGUAGUAGACAACAGGACAUCCUCUACACCCACCUUGAUGCCUGUUGCGUCGAAGGAACAGAGGGAGCCUGCUGGCAACAGUGACCUGGAACGAGGUGUCGCGCCUCAGGAGACUGAAGAAGAGGUGGGCAAUGAGAAGCGGAGAGAAGAGUAUCCAGGCCCUCUGGCGCUUGGUUUGAUCACUAUCGGCAUCUGUCUUUCAGUCUUUCUCGUUUCCUUGGACCGAACAAUCGUCACAACGGCCAUCCCCCAAAUCACCAAUGAUUUCAACUCGACAAGCUCCGUAGGCUGGUACGGGUCUGCAUAUCUGCUAGCAGCAUGUGCUCUGCAGCCCACCUACGGACGCAUAUACACUCUUUUCGAUAUAAAAUGGACCUUUCUUCAAUCUCUCGUUUUCUUUGAGCUGGGAAGCUUAGUAUGCGCUGUUGCGCCAAACUCGCCCGCGCUGAUCGUGGGAAGAGCAAUUGCAGGAUGGGGCAGCGCUGGUAUCUUGACGGGGUCUUUCAUUGUUGUGGCCCAUUGUGUGCCGUUGGAUAAGCGGCCUCUAUACACUGCUGCGGUGGGAAUGAUGUUUGGAAUCGGUGCCGCAGUCGGUCCACUUCUAGGUGGUGUUUUCACGGGGCUGGUAACCUGGCGCUGGUGUUUUUACUUCAACCUGCCCGUUGGCGGUGUUACCUUGGUCGCGAUUUUCUUCUUUUUCAAAGCCACCAAACGCCCGUCCCAGAAAUUACCGGUCUGGCGACGGAUUUUGCAGCUCGACCUUGUCGGAAAUGUGCUACUUCUGGGCACCUUCAUCAUGCUCUUCCUGGCUCUACAAUACAAUGACGAGGGCAUUCCGUGGUCUGACCCGAUGAUCAUUGGUCUGCUAACUGGUUUUGGAGUCUCACUCGUCUUGUUUUUGGGAUGGCAAUGGUACAUGCAAGACCGCGCUCUGAUGGUUCCAAGCAUCCUGCUGCAACGCAGUGUCUUGGCCAGUUGCGCCGCGGCAUUCUGCAUUUAUGCCACUAUGCUCAUGCACGCAUAUUUCCUUCCCAUCUGGUUCCAGGCUAUCAAAGGAGCAUCUGCCACUUCCUCGGGUGUUGACAUGCUUGCUUACACCUUGGCAAAUGCAAUUAUCGGAAUUAUCACCGGUGUUGUCGUUACAGUGACCGGAUACUUUGCGCCACCAGCUAUUCUUGGUUGCGCAAUAGCGACAGUUGGUUGCGGCCUGUUGAGUACUUUGCAACCUCACACGUCUACGGCCAAAUGGGUCGGAUAUGAGAUCCUUGCCUCAGCUGGACUGGGCAUGGCUGUCCAGCAAGGCUUCAUUGCUGUUCAGCGAGUACUUCGCAUAGACCAGGUGCCUAUUGCGACUGCUGCUGUGACCUGCUUUCAGAGUUUAGGAGGCGCCGUCUUCGUAUCGGUUGGAAACACGAUUCUCAACGGUGAGAUAAUCAGAGCUGCUAAGUCGAACAAGCUCCCUGGAGUCGAUAUCGCCAAAGUCAUCGCAGCCGGUGCUACACGAUUCCGCUCUACGGUACCUCCGCGCGCUCUUCCAGCUCUCAUUGGAAUUUACAACGGCGCCGUCCAGAAAGUCCUGAUCGCAUGCAUUGUCACAGCCGGAGCUGCCUUUGUCUCAACGCUCUUCCUUGAGUGGAAGAGUGUCAGAUCUGAAGAAAAGGCGAAAGCUGUAAGCGAAAAUGAUACGAGUGAAGACGAACCUACUCAUGGAUCUGCUGUCCCUGAGGCUACGUCAGGCCAGAACAACGCAGAAACAAAAGCAUAA